UCUUCCUUCCUUCCACCUGGAAAUAGUCCGCCCCUUCUCGUUUGAAUCCCUCCCUCUUCUCUCUUGCAGACCGUUUAAAUUCCUCUCUCUACUCUCUCUCUCUAGGAAAAAAGGGGAAAAGCGCCCUUCAAAGCAAACUCAAUGAGAAAGCAGAGAAUCAUCAAAGUAUUCAUAAAUCCUCAUUUCUUCAAACCAGUGCCGUUUCCCCCAGAUUUGGAUUUCCUACUCUACUCGGAUCUGUGCAAAUGCGCCGGCGCCGUUGCAACUCCUUCGCGCAUUGAAGAGCUCAGUUCGGUGAGUGAGUUUGGUUUGGGAGCUGUAUGAUGUCGUGGAGAAUAAACAGCAGAGAAAACGAUCAUAGAGUUGGGAUUGAGGUAUGCAGCUUUAUUCUUCUAACAAAGAACUAUGGGCAGUGAGAAGUCAGCGUCUGCUCCCUCGGAUGGGGUGAAUGAUAGUGUUCAGAAAAUCCGGCCACUCCAUGGGAGAACGAGUGGCCCUACUCGGCGUUCAACAAAGGGACAAUGGACAGCUGAAGAGGAUGAGAUUUUAUCCCAGGCUGUUCAGCGAUUCAAGGGAAAGAACUGGAAAAAAAUUGCGGAGUGUUUCAAGGACCGAACUGAUGUACAAUGCCUGCACAGGUGGCAGAAAGUCUUAAAUCCUGAACUUGUGAAAGGACCUUGGUCAAAGGAGGAAGAUGAAACCAUUGUUGAACUGGUCAAUAAAUACGGACCUAAAAAGUGGUCUACAAUUGCCCAACAUUUACCAGGGCGUAUCGGCAAGCAAUGUAGAGAAAGGUGGCAUAAUCAUCUUAACCCAUCAAUUAACAGACAGGCUUGGACUCAGGAUGAGGAGUUGGCAUUGGUUCGUGCUCAUCAAAUUUAUGGCAACAGAUGGGCAGAGCUCUCUAAAUUCUUGCCUGGAAGGACGGAUAAUGCUAUAAAGAACCAUUGGAAUAGUUCUGUGAAGAAGAAGUUGGAUUCUUACUUGGCAUCUGGUCUACUAGAACAGUUUCAAGGCCAUCCACUAGUCAUGCAUCAAAAUCAACCCACAACUUCAUCUUCUUCCAGGUUGCAAAAUAGUGGGGAUGAUAACGACAGCAGUCGAAAGUGUGUCACAGAAGCAGAGGAAAUAUCAGAGUGCAGUCAGGAGUCAACAAUCAUGGCCUGUUCUCAGUCAGCUAACGGUUUGGGCGAUAAUUCUAUUAUCCGUACAGGAGAAGAAUUCCAUUUAGCACAAGAAUCUGGCAUGGAAAAUGAAAGAUACCCCUAUACUGCUGUCCAUUGUUCCGAGGAGUAUUACACGUCUCUUGGAAAUGUCCAGUUUUCCAUUCCUGAAGUACCCUGUGAAGCAGAUGGAUCCUCCACCGGCUUUCUCCAUCAGAAUUACGCUCAUAUGGCUGCAGUUGAUAAUCCAGCAAGUAGUGAUUACCAAUUCAACUUGGAGGCGCUUUCCAACUUGCAUCAUCCACUGGAAUUUGGACAAGGUGGCUUUUCAGGCAUGCCAAAUCAUUGUAGUAUCGGUGCUCAUGAAACCCAGGAAAUGGGAUUCACUGCUCCUAUUCCUUUGGAAGAUAUGGCAACAUGUUCAUCCACACCUGGACAACAAAUUCUCAUACCUGACGACGAAUGUUGCAAGAUCUUGUUCCCAGAGGCAACAACCAGUGGAGACAUCGCUCCUCAAAAUCAUCAUAGAGAAGACUCGUCGAAUAUGGUUGACUUACGUGGAUCAUCAAUCAACCAGAGACCUGAUAAGGUGCUUAUUCCACCUAAUGAUGAAGAUCUCAUAGCAAGUGUUAUGCACUCCUGUGAUGGUGGUGGUGGGAAUAUGAUGCAAGCAGAAUCAUAUUUGGAAGAAGCUUCAGAUUUGCAGAAGAUGAAUGAUGGUGGAGUAGAUCAGCAACAAGGCGAUGAUACAGGAUCUUUAUGCUACGAGCCUCCACGGUUCCCAAGCUUGGAUCUUCCAUUCCUAAGUUGUGAUCUCGUGCAACCUGAUAGUGAUCUUCAGCAAGAGUACAGUCCACUUGGUAUCCGCCAAUUCAUGUUAUCUUCAGCAAACUGCAUCAGUCCAUUUCGGCUGUGGGAUUCUCCAACGAGAAGUACUAGUACCACCAGUCCCGAUGCAGUUCUCAAGAGUGCUGCCAAGACUUUCAUGGGCACACCUUCCAUUUUGAAGAAGAGGACCCGGGAUUUACUGUCGCCUUUGUCAGAAAGAAGAGACGAAAAAAAGCUUGUGAUUGACAUGACUUCCAGUUUGACUAGAGAGUUUCAACGCCUGGAUGUAGUGUACGAGGAUAUCAAGUCUGGCAACAGACCGUAUUUGAUGUCUCCAUUAUCCAAAGUUAACCAAAAAUCUUGUAUUGAAGAUAAGGAAAAUGUGGACCCUGCUCUUCCAUCGGAUAAAGGAGAAGAAGAGAAGGGAAGAGAUUGUUCUACUAUCUCAGAGGAUGGUGAUACUAAGGCGACAGAUAAUCAUCCCAGUUUUAGUAAUCCCCGAACUGUGAGUUCAGUUUUCUGUUAUUACUGAUUGCAACAGCAUUCUGAAUUACUUAUUGGCGAAGAAAGCUUGAGUGAUCUCUUACUAUUUUCACCGGAUGCUCGAACUCCAAGGAAUUUGCAUCGAAGAAUCUUGGCUACUUUAUCAGAGAAGGUUGUGACAGCUGGAUCGUCAUCACCUACUGUGAACAAGAAGAAUGAAGGUCAAUCGUCGGUUGCUGUUACUGCAACGAAACCCGUGCCCUCAUUAUCAGCACCUGCAGAAAAUACAGUUGCUACCUCUAGUACUACUACCGCCACUGGGAAUGACCUCUUUGGUGGAACUCCUUUCAGGAGAAGCAUUGAAUCUCCCUCGGCAUGGAAAUCUCCAUGGUUCAUGAACUCCUUCCUCCCCGGUCCAAGGGUCGACACAGAAAUUUCAGUUGAGGACAUGGGAUAUCUUCUGAGCCCGGGGGACAGAAGCUAUGAUGCCAUUACACUUUUGAAGCAGUUCAGCGAGCAAACUGCUGCUGCUUGUGCUGAUGCGUUGGAAGUUCUUGGGGAUGAAACCCCUGAAACCAUAUCCAAAGGAAGGCGGUGCCAGAAGAACACCGUCUCGGACCAAGAAAACAACGAUGGAGAUCGCGACAUUAGUGGCUCCGUUUUGGCCAAUAUCUCUAAGGAAGGCCGAGUUUUGGACUUCAGCGAAUGCGGGACGCCUGAGAAAGGUAAGGAGAAAGGGAAAUUUUCUUCUACUACAGGUGCAACGAGCAGCUUGUCGAGUCCUUCCACUUCUUCCCACCUGUUGAAGAAUUUCAGAUAGCAGAGGAAGAAAGCCAAGAAGGGAAGGAAAAGAGAAGAAGGAAAACAGUUUUAGGCUGUGGGAAAUUCUAUUGUUUAUAGUAACACCAAAAUAUAGAUGUAUGUAUGCAUUUUGUCAGGAAUCCGGUUUUCGUUAAGAACCUUCAAUCUAGUAUGAACUCAUUCAAUGUUGUUCAUCGCAGUCUCUCCCAUCAGGUUCAAAAGAAAAGAGAAACAGAGUAUUUUUCCUUUUCAUUGUGUCUCGUCCAUUUACCUCGGUCUGUUUGGAAUUAGUUUCG